AGCUCUUCGUGAGGGGCAGGCGAAGUCGUUAGCCCACGCCUCUUUCGACACGUGAAUUUUUAUUCCAGUGCGCUAUUAUUAUCUCUUUGGUUUCUGUGGUGGUUGUCAGGGCUGCUGUCACGCUUACCGUUUUUACUCCGCUGACGGGCUGCUGUCGUAGCGCAUUCACACGCACGCACACGCGCACUUCGACCGAAGCAUGGAUGCGUAUAUCCAGGGGUUGUGGCUGCGCUUGCGAGACGUCGCGCAGCGGAGCCGGGCGGCGGCGUUGCCCUCUGACCGCCCCUCCGCCCUCUUCGCCGUGUUCACCUCGGUGUUCAACGGCGGACUGCUGGUGUGGAGCUUUUCGGAGGUGCUGGGCCGAACGUGCAGCAAAAAUGCCACCAUCUGGAUCUCGCUCGGGAUGGCGCACUGCUACGUGAACAUGAUCUUUGCGGUCACCUCCAUGAUGCACAUACGCCGCCGAAUCGCGUGUGGCAUCCCCGCAGAGGCCUCGCAGGCGAGCGUCUUGUACCGCAGCCCGUUGAUGUUGUUCUACGCUUUCUACCUUGUGUGUGAGCUGGUCUGGGUGAUCGCGGCGGCGCAGCUCUCUGUCCGCGACACCGGCACCGAGUGUGUGCGGCACAUCACUGUGCAGAUCUUAUUUCUGGUGAUGUAUUGGCUUCUCGGAAUGCUGGUCCUCUUUCAACUUACUUUCAUUACGGAGCGCUGGCGGCGUCCGCGGUGGCGCAACUUUGCUGCGAUGCGCUGGGACUACUUGCACAACACGCAGCGGCACCGCAAUGUGCGCUGGCACGAUGAGCACAUCGCCGACGGCGGCGAUGAACCGGCGGAUUUGGACAACGUGGAGCUGCAGCGGGGCGCAGACACGGAGCGAACGUCCACGAUGGACUACGCCAGCAUGCGGGAUGACAUGACGGUCGAAAACGACUACACGAGAGAGACGGCCACGGUGCAGCGUCCGCGAUCUACGGCGCAGCGGUAG